AAACAUACAUUAUCUAGCCAGAAUGGAUGAAACACAUAGUCCAUGUUUGUACUUACUUAUUGUGUAUAUGUCCUUAUUUAGGCGCAAGUGAGGUCCACAGCACAUCUGGUAAUUCGUCCUUUUCCAUCAGGCAUUCUGCUGGCUAGCUGUGCGGCGCCCGAGGACCCAUCGGCCCGAUCGUUGAUCGGUUGCUCCUCCUGGUGAAUUGCAGUCACCGGCAGCGCGCAAGCUUUCAGCGCCUCUUAACGGGUUUAGUGGCGGCCGCGAUUAUUACUGGAUUAAAGUGAAACCAGUUACCGCGGGACUGGAGUUGAGCCCUUUUUGUGGACGUUUGGUGCAACUUUACCGCCCCUGGAGUCGACGGCUGAAUGCCCAGCAGACUUUUUCAGCCCGUGGUCAUGAAAUAGAAAGGCGAAGUGGAGCCAGGCGCGAGGCCUGAGGGAAACUAACGUGAGCUAGCUAGCUGACGGGAGCAGUUCAUCCUUGUUUGGGUCGCUGUGCUAACCAGCUAGCUGUUGUCUCUGUUAGCAUAACAAUUCGCCAACCGGGGUUGCUGGCUUGUUUUGAUUUUGAUGCAUUGAAGGAAGCCGCUCCGUGCCACGUUUCCUAAACUUUCUAGCAGUUUUAAUUCAACCUUCUGAGCUAACAUUGUAUAAUAAGGAAACGAGCGAGCUACGUCUUUGUCGUACAAAGUGGAGCUUUUUUUUUUGAGCGCUAAAGUAUUUUUCUAUGAGGGAUUGCAUGUUGAUGAUCAAACAUCAAUCAGACACAGUCCAGGCUCUCGACCCCUCCACGGAACUAAAGUUAAAACCGAUUUCGGUCCACAACACCCCGUCUCAGUGACCACUGUCUCCUGUCUUCGGCCGGCUUCAGUGGCUGGCCACACGGCACUGAGUGCCCAAUGGAGGAUCAUGACAACAUGGACUAUUUUUACCAGCAGGUAGUGCAGAAAGAUGUUACCCGUAGGUUGCAGGUCGGCCAGGACCUCAUUGACUACCUCAAUGACCCGAACCGCUCCCCGGACGUGGAGCAGGACAAACCCCGCCUGGAUAAGACCAUGGACGAGCUGACGGGAUGGGUGAACUCCAGCAAUUUCAAGGUGGCUUUGGUGGGGAUAGACAUCUGUGGUGCGUUUGUGGAACGCCUGGGAGAGCGUUUCAGAGGAUACCUGGGCACAGUUUUGCCAGCUUUGGUGGACAGGCUGGGCGAUGGGAAGGACCAGGUCAGGGAGAACAGCCAAGCUGUCAUCCUUCGCUGUAUGGAGCAGACUGCCUCGCCCAUGUACGUUUGGGAAAGGCUACUUCCUGGUUUUAAACACAAGAACUUCCGCAGUCGAGAAGGAAUCUGCCUCUGUCUCAGUGCCACGCUCAGCACGUACGGAGCCCAGCCAUUGAGCCUCAGUAAACUAGUUCCUCAUCUCUGCUCUCUGACUGGAGACCAGAACCCACAGGUACGUGAGGCCUCCAUAGCAACAUUGGUGGAUGUUUAUCGUCACGUUGGAGAGAAAGUCCGAGCAGACCUGGCGAAGAGAGGUCUGUCAGCUGCACGGUUACAGACGUUAUUCGCUCGUUUUGAUGAAGCCUUGAAUUCAGGCAACAUGGCUCUCAGCCCGAGUCACGAUCGUAGUUUUGAAGAUGAUGACAGUGUGGAUGGGAAUCGUUCUUCCUCAGCCCAGGCUGCCUUCAAGGUCCCAAAAGUUCCCAAGAAGCCUGCAGAGUCCUCUGCCGCACGCAGGCCCAGCGCUACCGGUGGCAAGCUUGUAUCCAAGGAAAGUGCAGGGGGAGUUGAUGAAGAGGACUUCAUUAGAGCUUUCACAGAUGUUCCCUCUGUCCAGAUUUACUCAGCGAGGGAUCUUGAAGACAACCUGAAUAAGAUCCGUGAGAUCUGCUCUGAUGACAAACAUGACUGGGACCAGAGAGCCCACGCUAUGAAGAAGGUCCGCUCACUGCUGGUGGCGGGCGCGACGAAUUACGACUGUUUCUACCAGCAUCUACGGCUACUGGACGGAGCCUUCAAACUGUCCGCUAAAGACCUGCGCUCACAAGUUGUCCGAGAGGCCUGCAUCACUGUGGCCUACCUUUCAUCAGUGCUGGGGAAUAAAUUUGACCAUGGAGCGGAAGCUAUUGUUCCCGUCCUGUUCAACCUCAUCCCCAACUGUGCCAAAGUCAUGGCCACCUCCGGUAUGUUGGCUAUUCGCAUCAUCAUACGGCACACCCACGUCCCCAGGCUCAUCCCCCUGAUCACCAGCAACUGCACAUGCAAGUCUGUGGCUGUUCGAAGGCGCUGUUUUGAUUUCCUGGAACUUCUGCUACAGGAAUGGCAAACCCACUCUCUGGAGAGGCACACGGCAGUUCUGGUUGAGAGCAUCAAGAAGGGAAUUCGAGAUGCAGACUCAGAGGCUAGAGUGGAGGCUCGCAAGGCCUACUGGGGUCUGAGGAACCACUUUCCAGCGGAGACCGACGCUCUCUACAACUCCCUGGAGCCAUCGUACCAGAAGACCCUUCAGUCCUGCUUGAAGAGCUCUGGCAGUGUGGCCUCUCUUCCCCAGAGUGACCGCUCCUCGUCCUCCUCUCAAGAGAGCCUCAAUCGGCCUCUGACUUCUAAAUGGACAUCAACUCCAGGCCGAGUCCCUGCGGGUUCAACGGGUGGGUUGUCGUCGGCCUCCCUACAGCGAUCCCGUAGUGACGUGGAUGUUAACGCAGCUGCGGUCGCUAAGCACCGACACGUUGGACAGACCAGGGUAACAGGGCGCCUGCCCCCUGGCUCCUACUCCUCACUGGGGACCAGGUCAGACAAUGGCCGUGUACGUACCAAGCAGCCCCUGUCCACUGCCAGCAGCGUGUCCAGCCAGGUGGACUCAAGAGGUCGAAGCCGCACUAAGAUGGUCUCCCAGUCCCAACCUGGCAGUCGCAGUGGCUCUCCGGGUCGUGUGCUGACGAGUACGGCCCUGAGCACCAUGAGCUCAGGGACCCACCGGGUGCUGGCUGGGUCCAGCGGGGACAAAACCAGACGCAGCCGUAUCCCCCGUAGCCAGGGCUGCUCCAGAGACUCUUCCCCCACCCGCCUGUCAGUUGCUCCUUCCAGCAUUAGUUCCAUCUACAACGGAGCAAGCAAAGGAGCUCGGGGCAGUCGUAUCCCUCGGCCCAGUAUGAGUCAGGGCUGCAGCAGAGAGGCCAGCAGGGAGAGCAGCCGCGACACGAGCCCUGUUCGCUCCUUCACACCCCUUGCAACGCGGAGCUACUCUCGCUCCACCGGAGCUCUCCACACACCUGACACUUUUGGGGCUGCAGGAUCAAGUUUUGGCAUCAGCCAGUCCAGUCGUCUCUCUUCUUCAGUCAGUGCCAUGAGGAUCCUCAACACAGGCUCAGACGUAGAAGAGGCUCUGGCAGAUGCUCUGAAGAAGCCAGCACGGCGGCGAUACGAAAACUCCAGCAUGUACUCUGACGAUGACGCCAACAGCGAUGCAUCCAGCGCCUGUUCGGAGAGGUCCUACAGCUCCAGGAACGGAGGAGCCAUCCCCACCUACAUGAGACAGACAGAAGACGUAGCUGAGGUGCUGAACCGCUGUGCCAGUGCCAACUGGUCAGAGAGGAAGGAAGGGCUUUUGGGUCUCCAGGCGCUGCUGAAGAACCAACGCACCCUCAGUCGGGUAGAGCUGAAGAGGCUCUGUGAAAUCUUCACCAGGAUGUUUGCAGACCCUCACAGUAAGCGAGAUUCCGGCAGAGUGUACGGCACGGCAGAAUCCGGUAUAAGCUCAGCCUCCUUCAAGAGAGUGUUCAGUAUGUUCCUGGAGACACUGGUAGAUUUCAUCCACGUCCAUAAGGAAGAUCUGCAGGACUGGUUGUUCGUCCUACUCACACAGCUCCUGAAGAAGAUGGGAGCUGACCUGCUGGGCUCCGUACAGGCCAAAGUUCAGAGAGCCCUGGAUGUCACACGAGAGUCUUUCCCCAAUGACCUUCAGUUCACUAUUCUCAUGAGGUUUACUGUGGACCAGACACAGACACCCAACCUCAAGGUGAAAGUGGCCAUUUUGAAGUAUAUCGACACCCUGACGUUACAGAUGGAAGCUCCAGACUUUGUGAACUCCAGUGAGACUCGGCUCGCCAUCUCCCGCAUCAUCACCUGGACGACUGAACCCAAGAGCUCUGACGUCAGAAAGGCGGCCCAGUCGGUGUUAAUCUCACUGUUCCAGCUCAACACUCCAGAGUUCACUAUGCUGCUGGCAGCUCUGCCCAAAACCUUCCAGGACGGAGCCACCAGGCUGCUUCAAAACCAUCUGAAGAACACUGGCAACGCUGCACAGGCACCAAUGGGCAGCCCUCUGACACGCCACACCCCCCGAUCUCCAGCAAGCUGGUCCAGCCCGGUCACAUCCCCCACCAACACUUCCCAGAACACCCCCUCACCAAGUGCAUUUGACUACGACACAGAGAACAUGAACUCAGAGGACAUCUACAGCUCACUGAAAGGUGUCACUGAGGCGAUCCAGAACUUUAGCGUCCGCAGCCAAGAGGACAUGAAUGAACCGGUCCACCGGCGGGAGGGAGAGGAGGGGGACAGCGGGACAGACGGCAGACUGUCAGACUUUGUGGAUGGAGGCCGCAUGGCUCUGGACAACAAGACGUCUCUCCUCAACACCCCCCUGCUCUCCUCCAGCCCCCGAGGGGCCCGCGAGCACUUCUCAGACUCUCCCUUCAAACACAGCCGCAAAGACACCAGCAUGGACGACUCUGAGCAUCUCACUCAUGACAGCAGCCUGGACCAAUCGGAGCUAGUGGCCGAGUUGCUGAAAGAACUGUCUAAUCACAACGAGCGCAUUGAGGAGAGGAAGACAGCGCUGCGCGACCUGCUGAAGCUGAUUCGCGAGAACACCCUGCAGGUGUGGGACGAACAUUUCAAGACCAUCCUGCUGCUCCUGCUAGAAACAAUGGGAGACAGAGAGCAUGUGAUCCGAACGCUAGCUCUGCGGGUGCUGAGAGAGAUUCUCAGCAAGCAGCCAUGGAGGUUCAAAAACUACGCAGAGCUCACCAUCAUGAAGGCCCUGGAGGCUCACAAAGACCCCCACAAGGAGGUGGUACGAGCAGCAGAGGAGACGGCAGCCAUGUUGGCCUUGUCCAUCAGUCCAGACCAGUGUGUCAAGGUGUUGUGUCCCAUUAUCCAGUCAGCCGACUACCCCAUCGACCUGGCUGCCAUCAAGAUGCAGACCAAAGUAGUGGAGAGGGUUCCCCGCGAGGGCCUGAUGAGCCUCUUGCCUGAGAUCGUACCAGGACUCAUACAGGGUUACGACAACUCUGAGAGCAGUGUAAGGAAAGCCAGUGUGUUCUGCUUGGUGGCCAUUUAUGCAGUUAUCGGAGAGGACCUCAAACCGCACCUCAACCAACUCUCCGGCAGCAAGCUGAAGCUGUUGAAUCUGUACAUCAAGCGCGCCCAGUCUGGCUCGAGCGGCAGUGAACCUCCGUCUGAGGGCCUAUAGGAGACACAGCGCACUCCCACAGAACUCCAGCUCUGCCCACCUAACAUAAACAUCAGUUCAUCAGUUCAUGAACUCACCCCACACAGGCCGAGAACAAAACAGACAUCCUAACACUUACACCGGAGAGAACUGUUUACAACCACACGUUUGCUGCACUCUGGCCAGCAGAUUGACACACACACACACACACACACACAGGUACACACCGUCCCCAUACAUUUGCUGCCCCACUACAAGAUAUUGUGGUGUAGUUCUUCCUACCAUCGCUGAGGAUCCACCCUGAUCUCAGACGGAGCUGAACCCUUAAAUAUAAUCGAAAGCACACAUUCAGUCACACCCAGGUUUGUCACUAAUCACUCAAGGAUGAGGUAUGAAAUGUCUCUAUCCCGAACACUACAGUCUCUCCUCUGCAUAACAUCUUGAUGUCAACAAGAAAUGCGUUUGCAUGGUUCUCAUUUUAAGGGGGUACGGUUUAUGGAACAGGGCUGAGACGAACGAAUGGUGCCGUCUUGUGUCUUUUUUGAACAGUGAGUAACUGGGGCCAGGUAGACAGGAAUGUAAAUUUACAUUGUGACUUUGGAUUGGAUUUAUCUUACGCGAUUAGGUUUUACCGCAGUUUUUAAAGUCUGGUGUUUUCUCUCUCUCACACACACACACAUAAAAACACACUUUCUCACUUUCAAAAAGGUGCUGAUUAGCCUAAAAGGUACGACCAACCAACCGCUCCCAGCACUACCGCGAGUCACAGUGGGUCACGCCUGCUCAUAGUGAAGACAGUACAUGGGUUGAUUCCAAAGUGUAGGAGGUGUUUUGUGCUUGGCUAUGCAUGAGACUAAAUUUAAAAAAGAUAUGUUUUAUUGGAGUUUGAUUGACAGUCAUAAUAGUGUGACAGGGGUUUUAAAUUAAUGUGAACAAUGUCCGCCCCUUUCAGAAGAAUUCAUGGUGUCCUCCGUUUCUCCCAGUUCAUCUUGGUUCACUCCACUUAUGGGCAACAUGGGGAGGAAGAUGGGUGCGUGCUGCUUACUACAUGAAGUAUGACAGGACAUGGCUCAUUAUCACAUAGUGGAUAUGUAUCUAUAUAUGAUAUUAAAAUGGAAUAUCCCAUAACUGUCAUUUAGGAGAGUUCAUGUGCCCAUCCUUGUUUUUAUUUUCUCUCUCUCUGUUGCGCUAGCCGUAGUCUCUCUCUCUCACACUUAUUUUUUCUCUGCUGAGAAAUUUGUAGAAAUGUAUUAUUUACAGCUCUGAAAACCAAUCGUCAUGUCACCCUUCUCUCUUCUCCUCUUCAUCGUGUCUUUCUUUCCUUCCUCUUGUAACAUUCUAGUUUUCACUGUUGUGUUUCCUCCGUGCAUUUACAAAGCUGUGCUUACAUUAAAAUAAAGAACUUGUACAGAUCA